AUGGCGAAGUCUUGGGGGCAGUUUGUGCCUGCUGCAUUAUCACUGAUCUGCCAAGCCAGCCAUUUGCCACGUGCGGGUUGGCUCUUACUGUACCUGGUGGUGGUGGGGGGCUUGGAGACGAAGGCACUGGAGGUGGUGGUGAAGGUGGCGGUGAAGGGGGUGGUGAAGGUGGCGGUGAAGGGGGUGGUGAAGGUGGCGGUGAAGGGGGUGGUGAAGGUGGCGGUGAAGGGGGUGGUGAAGGUGGCGGUGAAGGAGGUGGCGAGGGGGGUGGCGAAGGUGGCGGUGGCGGUGGCGACGGGGGUGGCGAAGGUGGUGGCGAAGGUGGCGGUGAAGGCGGCGGUGAAGGUGGCGGCGACGGGGGUGGUGAAGGUGGCGGUGAAGGGGGUGGCGAAGGAGGUGGUGACGGUGGUGGUGACGGUGGUGGCGAAGGUGGGGGUGGGGACGGGGGUGGCGAGGGAGGUGGUGACGGAGGUUGUGGAGGUGGAGGCCCUGCACACAGGAGGUGGCAGGUGGCAGGUUGGCGACGGAAUACACAGGCACGGUUUAGCAGUGUAG